GCCUCUACCGCCACCGUCUCAGCUUCUCACGUCCACCAGGCAAUCACCCCGAUGAGCUUCUCGGACGACAUGCUCUUCCGCCACCUGCGCGGCUCGGACUUUGUUCCAGAGUUCGCGAGUCUGCUUGUCGACGACGAUGAGGACGAGCCGCCGCCGUGGGACAUUGACUCGGUGCAGGCCUUUCACGAGGUUGCCGCUGUCGAGGACGAGCGCUUCGGAAACUCGACAUUUGAGGUGUAUGAAGUUAGCGAGGAUGGGAGGGCGGUCAAGAUGAACGCGAAUGCCCGGGUCGAUGCUGACAGAGGACGAGGGUUUGUCAGAUAUGGGGGUGAAGAGGAAUCGCUCGAGCCGCCUGACGGCAUCGUCGACGCUCCGACGGUAUGGGAGACCAUCAAGGACGUCAACACCAGCGGCAAGGCCGUCGGCCGCAUCACCAUCGUUCAAGAACCGACACCUCUCAUGCUCGCCGCCCUCCACCUCACCAUGUCGCCUCACUUCGACAUGACAGAGCUCCUCCACCAUCUCCUCUCCGACACGCCCAACCACGGCCGCACCCACGCCUUCAUGCACCGCGCCUACGAGCGAACCCCCUCCUCCCCGGCCUACUACCCCUCCUCCCCCAUGGCGCCCACUCCCUCCAGCGGCAUCGCCCCCCAGCCGCCCGUCUCCUUCGCCCACCUCCGCCAGCGGUCCUUCUUCUUCGUCUUCAAGUACUACACCCUCCUCGGCCAGGGCCUCGACCCCGCCCCCUGGCAGCUGUACGAGAAACGGCCCACGGACAAGCGCCUCGACGACCACAUCGACAUCGCCGAGUGCGGCUCCGUCCUGGCCCUCUCGCUCGGCGGCGAGCCGACCAAGACACUCAAGAUGCGGCCGCGCCGGGAGCGCGCCAAGGAGGGCUUCCUCUUCGACACUUUCGGGCCCUGGCAGCUGCUCAGCAUCCAGAGCUUCCCCGACGACGAGCACACGGUCAGGGGCGACGACUUUCAGCAGCUCAAGAGCUUCUGCAGCGGGCCGUAUGCCUUUUUGGAGCUUCUCAUUGCGGAGUACCGCGAUGCUGGCAAGAGGAAUCAGAUUCUGCAUGAGAGAAUCACGAAGCUCAUCACGCCUCCUACCGAAUUCAUGUUCAACCACCACCUCCGCGACAAGCUCCUCUUCGAAGACAAGCACUUCACCUACAUCCGCCGCUACUUCUGGGCCUACAACACCCUCGCCGUCAUCAACACGGGCAUCAAGGCCAUGAUCGCCGCCUACGUCGACACCUUCACCGACGACGUCUGGGCCGGCGCGCAUCCCCUCCUCUGGCCUUAUCCUUCCCCUUCUUCCUCUUCUUCUUCUUCUUCUUCCCCCUCCUCCGCUUCCUCCUCCUCGCAGUCUGCAGAGGCAGCAGCAGCAGCAGCAGCCGACUACGCCACCAGAAUGGCCGUCCUGCGCAGGGAGCUCGACAAGGUCGUCAGCGACCUCGGCGAGGUGCUCAAGCGCAACGAGCGCACGCGCAAGGAGAUUGAGAACCUGCGCGACCAGCUCUUCAGCGGGAGCUCCAUCAAGGAGAGCAGGAGGGCCAUUGAUCAGGGGGACAAUAUUCGCAUCUUGACCAUGAUUAGCAUGUUGUUCCUGCCCUUGACGUUUGUAACUUCCGUCUUUGGCAUCACCGAAUUCACAAUCCCCGUCACGGACUGGCGCUUCCCGCUCACGCUGGUCCUCGUCUGCGUCCCCUUCAUGAUCCUCCUCUACCUCAUCCAGACGCGGCCCUUU